CCUGACAGUAGUCAUGUGACCUGGAAUAGUUUGCCUGCUAUGGAAGGAGAAGCGCAUAGCGGGUUGCGUCUGAUCGGGAAGCUUCCCGCAGCGCAGUGCCCACAGUUCUUUCACAAAGUCAUAGAUGGAGUAUGUGGCCGGGCACAGCCUCGUUUCCAGGAUUAUGGCAAUAUAUGGAGCCUACAGGAAUGGCUGGAAGUUCUAGAAGACUCCACAGCUUUCUUCAAGAACAGUAUUGGUGCUGAUGUAAAUGCAGAUGAGGUUUCUAAUGGGUUAAAUGUGCUCAGUGCAGAACACCAAGAAGUGAUCCUAAAGUGUUUGAAAAGUAGAAAACCUGACAUAGCAGAAGCUGUUGUGGAGAAGGCGUGUGCUAUGUCAUCUGCAUAUUUACAGGAUUUUGACUGGCAGUUAAAGCUUGCCCUUUCUAGUGAUAAGCUCUCAGCACUGCAGAUGCCACUUGUUAAUCUUGAUUUGGAUAUUGCUAAAAAUGGGUCGGUUACACCUGUCUCUAUAGAGAUGAACAAAGAGGAGCUUCAGAACCUUAUAAAUUCUCUAGAGGCAGCUAAUAAGGUCGUCCUUCAGCUCAAAUAACAGGAAACUGCUUCUACCUAAUGUUGAAGAAGUGACCAGAAUGUAAAAAGAGAAAGGACAAUACUCUUUUGAUGGAAUUUUAAUCAUUUUUAAAAGGAGCCACUACAUGAAGGAGCAUAUUCAUCUCUUGGCAGCCCUGUACUUAGUGCUAGAACCGUUCAGGACCUUUUUUUUUUUUUUCUUGUUCCCGAAUGUUGCCAUUAACUGCGUGGGCGAUAAAUGUUCUACCAAUAUGAAUUCUGUCCAGUGUUUGAUAUCUGCCAGUAGCUUAUUGAGUUUAAAGGAAUACGAUAUAUUGAAUACCAUAAAAUAAAGCGUACCUGUAUUUUUCAUA